CCUAAAAAUCAAAAAAGAUAACCUUGAAAAGAACAGAAAUGGUUGUUUUGAAUAAUUUAUUGUUUACGUUUUGAAUGUGUAUAAGGUCCAUGGAAUUAUGAACUUCCGAAUGUUAUUUAAGAGCAAGAUUAAAUUAGUUAAAAAAAAGUCUGACAGUUGAUUCAUUCUAAAGUUGUUUAUAAGAGUAAGAAGAAAUUUUACUACCUUUGUAAUAAUUAUGCCUUUUACUGCAGAUGCAGCAGCACAUCAAAUACAGGAACGGUUAAAGAAUAUUUAUAGUUUGAUUAAUGAUUUAGAAAGUAAACGUAAUUAUUCUGAACCGAAUAUAAACAAUAUCAUCAGAACUCAUGAUAAGCUAAGCCCAGAUGAUAAAGUAACUUCAUAUUAUCAACAAAAAUUAAAAAAUAUUUAUAAUACAGCAGUAUUAGAUGCUCAUCAGGAAGAAGAGUUACUGCGGAAAGCCCUUGAAAAAAUAAAUGAAAUAAGAUUUAUUAGAAAUGAGAGACGAAUUCAGGCGCGAAAUGCUGGAAAUAAAGAGACAAUUAGAAGAGGUGCGUUGAUGAAAAUGUUAUUAAGUUCAGCACAAACUCUUCCUCUGUACAUUGGAAAAUCAGUACAUUCUAAACCGCCACCAUUAUGUGGAGCAAUUCCAGCAGAAUCAACAUAUGUUGCUAAGAUGGGUGAUAUGGUGGCAGCUCUUGUUAAAGGAUCAGAGGAAGAAGAAAACUGGAUUUUGGCAGAAGUUGUUAGUUUUAAUUCAACAACAAAUAAAUAUGAAGUUGAUGAUAUAGAUGAAGAACAAAAAGACAGACAUACUUUAUCUCGACGACGUGUGGUUCCACUGCCGCUGAUGAGAGCUAAUCCUGAAACUGAUUCAAACGCUUUGUUUCUAAAAGAAGCUAUGGUCAUGGCUCUUUAUCCUCAGACUACGUGUUUUUAUAAAGCAGUCAUAAAUCAAUUACCUUCAACAGCAACAGAAGAAUAUGAAGUUUUAUUUGAAGAUCCCAAUUAUGCAGAUGGAUAUUCUCCUCCAUUAAAUGUAGCUCAGCGAUAUGUUAUUUCCAUUAAAGAAAGUAAAAAAAAAUAAAUAGACAAAAUUAAUUUGUUUAA